AUGGGUUUACAAAAGGAGAAGGUUAGUUGCGCCACAAACUUUUUAGAAGCCAAGAAAAUACCAGUAUGCCAACUCGUCCGAAAAAUUGAAAAUUACGAAUUCAUAAAUGAUCAAUUACAAAAUGAACACGAAGUCCAAGAACAAUCAAAUGUGGAAGGCAUUAUAUUGAUAGAUGUAACACAUGAUAAACCAACUGACGUCACAAAAAUACAUGAAACUGACCAAAUAGUAACUGAAGAUUUACACUUUGAAAAUAAAUUCCAAGAACACUCAAAUGAGAAAGACACAUUUGCAGAUAGAGAUGACAAUGGAAUUGAUAUUACAGAAAUUAUUGAUACUGAAAAUGUAUCUCUCUUAUUAGGCAUUCCUGAUGAAGAAAUUCCCAUCAUAUUUGUGAAUACACCGGACAAAGCUAAUCAUGAUGCAGUAUUUGGAGAUGUACUUACUGAAAAUAAUGAUAUCAAUCAAGUACAACAUACCUUGAAUCCCAACUUAGCGCCAGAAAUAAAUGUUAUUGGAGAAAGUAUAUCGGAAAACUCUUUUUUGAAUUCAGAACGGAACUCUCAACGAAUGGAAACUACUCUAGUUACCACGCCUACUAAAGUAGAUUCAGAAUUAAAAGAGACAAAUUCAACUGUUUUGGAAAAAGAAAUGCCUCUUUAUCAAAAUGUUACAGAUGAAUCUAUUCCGACUCCAUUCAAAAAAUUUUUAUUUUGGCCUACUCCUAAGGAAAAUAUUGCUAAGCGAAAAUUAAAGGAUAAAGUACCUGCUGUAGCAACAUCAUCUCAGUGGCAACAAUACUAUAACAGAAAAGAAGAAAAGAAAAAACAAGAAGAACAGCUAAAAAUGCAAAGGAAGGAAAAAAGAACCAUACAAAAAGAAAUUGAUGUCGAAAAUAAAAAGAAGAAAGUCAAAAUCGCCGACUUACAACCUUCUAUUAGAAGAACUUCGAUUCGAAGGGUAGCGACUAAACUACAGAAAGCUAAAAGGGACCUAUUUUCAAAGAAAAAAAGCAGUGCGAGGAGUGCGAGCACUGACUUUCCAGCUACUGAACCCUCAACAUCGAAACCUUUCGAGGAAUCUUGGCAUUGUGCAAUAUGCGACACUGAGGAUCAGCUCGAUAUGCGCCUUUGUUCUUCCUGCCUGAAAUACUUUCAUGAGAAUUGCGUUGGUUUGACAGAAGAUGAUGAAGAUGAAUUUCAAUGUCCCUUUUGUUAG